AUGACCACUGCCGCCACCCGUACCACUAUGGGUGAUUACUUCUAUUACUUCUACGGCAUGCCAUACAGUCUGUUCGACACGUGCUGGCCGGACCCUUCCCGGGAUGCGGAAUUAGCCAUCAGCGACCGACUCUGGGUCUGCGUGCAGCUGGUCGCCCUGGCUGCGCUCACCCUCGCUGUCGGGAAACUGAGUCGUAUGCUCUGCGUUCCCUGGGCCCUCAUCCUCUUCCUGGUUCUUCUCAUCCUUCUACUGGGCCACUUCUGGCUGAACAGUUACCAGUCGACCCUGUACUGGGAUUGCCUCCUCAUGAGGGAGCAAGAAAUUACCGAGCAGCCCAUGAAGGCGGAAAGAGCUGGGUCCAUCAUGGUGAAGGAGGCAAUUUCGUUUUUUGAAAGGGCCAACCCAAGUUCUGUUGAGUGCAAACUCCUGGCUGCCAUUGAUGAUCUGGGGCUGAGGAAUCACACGCUUGUCUACUUCACGUCAGACCACGGGGGACAUUUGGAGGCCAGGCUGGGCCACGCCCAACUCGGUGGAUAUAACGGGAUAUUCAAAGGAGGGAAAGGCAUGUCCGGUUGGGAAGGCGGGAUCCGCGUGCCCGGACUGGUCCGAUGGCCCGGAAAAUUGCCCGCCGGAAACGUCAUUAAUGAACCUACCAGCUUGAUGGACAUCUUGCCAACGGUAGCAGCAUUGACCGGAGGCAUCGUCCCUCAGGACAGGGUGAUUGACGGCCGAGAUCUCAUGCCAUUGCUUCAAGGCGAGAUCCAGCGUUCAGAGCAUGAGUUCCUGUUUCACUACUGCAGUAGGUUCCUCCAUGCUGCCCGUUGGCGCCCCAAGGACAGCAACGCCAUGUGGAAGGUUCAUUACGUCACCCCCAUCUUCCAGCCCCCGGGAGCCCAGGCCUGCUACGAGACCAACUACUGCCAAUGUAUCGGGGACAACGUCACCUACCACGACCCUCCCUUGCUGUUCGACCUCUCCCAGGACCCCUCGGAGUCCAACCCGCUGACCAAGGACACGGAGCCGCUGUAUGACCUGGUCAUCCAGACGGUGGCUGACGCCGUCGAGGAACACAGGAAGACCAUCGCUCCGGUCCAGCCGCAUCUGGGGCCCGAACGAAACCGGAGAUUUGUGUGGUUGCUGAGCUGCUGUAGAGUGUUUCCGUUCUGUCUUUGUGACAAGGAGGGUGAGGAAUCAGCCAGGCAGGCAGCCAUUUGAUUGACAGCAGGCCACCAAAGGCCACCAAAGCCCACCAAAGCCCACCAAAGGCCACGGACGUUGGUCCUUUGAAAUAUGCAAGGAAUGGAUGUGAAGGCCAAUAAAAUUCUCUACCCUUCCAGAUGAUGAAACGCC